ACGUGUACAAACACUACCAGUGCAUUGUUUACAAACAUGACAAAGGACGGUCUGAGCUGCAUGCGCCGGGUUUACCCAGAAUAACCGUGAUGUUUUCUUCCUUUUUCUGUUCAUAAAAAACUCAGAAAUACGUUCUCCAUUUCUUAUUAGCAGCAGUGCUUAAGCGAGAUUGUGUUCUCCAAACAACCAAAAAUUGAAAAACUGAGAAAAUUAGUCUUGCAACAUCUGAACAAUGGCAAAGGAGAAUCGACCAGUAUGUGACCAGCAGAAUUCUUCUAUCAGCCCAGACAGAGAAAAUCCAACCAGUGAAGAGUCACAGGGCUGUUCGGUCUGCGACAAAGGUUUUUCCCAUCAGUAUCCUGUCGUGCUUCUGCAGAGAAGUCAUCUUGGCAUCAAUAAAAGACCAUCUAAGUGGCACAUCCCUGACAAAGAUUGUUUGGAUACUGAGCAUAUCACAUACCGCAGGUGGUCGCAGACAAGCUCAAAACCCCUCGCUUGUAAUGUCUGUAACCGACAUUUCAAACACGACAGUUUUUUUGCGACACACAAGAGAAUUCACACAGACACGCCGUUUAAGUGUUACACUUGUGACCGAGCUUUCUAUGACAUAAGGAGUCUCGAAAGCCAUGACAAGUCACAUUCUAAGGAAAAUCCUUACGUGUGCAACAUCUGUCGCAAAGCCUUUGCUGAUGGGUCAAGUCUCCAUCGACACGUUAGUACUCAUACCCUUGAAAGGCCAUUUAAAUGCGACACCUGUGGCAUGACCUUCCGUCUGAGAGAUGAUCUGAAAUGUCAUCAAGUCAGUCACAGUAAUGAGAAACCCCAUAAGUGUGACAUUUGUGACAAGGCUUUCAAGCAGAGGGCCAGUCUGUCUGUACACAAGAGAGUCCAUCACGACAACAAAAAGAUGUUUGUGUGUGAAUUUUGCAAUCAAGCAUUUGCAUACAGUGAUGCUCUUGUGUACCACAGAAGAGCUGUCCAUACAAAAGAGAAGCCAUACGUUUGUGACUUUUGUAGCAAGGCAUUUAUAAAUCGUAACCAAAUGAAUCGUCACAGACGGAGACACACCAACGAAAAGCCGCAUGUUUGUGAAGCUUGCGGUAAGGCUUUCUACACAGCUGUCGAGGUAAGACACCACAGUUACACUCAUACCCAUGAAGAACAAUACGACUGUGACAUUUGGGGCCAGAGGUUUGAACUGACAAACUACCUGUUGAAAUAUCAGAGCGAUAAUUUGAAGGAGAAGCCUUAUAAAUGCACCACCUGUGACAGAGUUUUCGAACGGCCGAGUUAUCUUCGCAAGCACCAAUAUGUCCAUGCAACAGAAAGACCACAUGUAUGUGAGAAAUGUGGCCGGACAUUUUCACAGUCAUGCUACCUGCUUAGACACCAGAGUAUUCAUUCGGGGGAGAAGCCUUAUAAAUGCACUUCCUGUGACAGAGCUUUCAGACGCCAGGAUUAUCUUCGCAAGCACCAAAUAAUCCAUGGAACAGGAACACCAUACAAAUGUGACAUUUGUGGUCACAGUUUUGCACGGAAAAGGUACCUGUUAAGACACCAGAGAGUUCAUGUGGAGGAGAAGCCUUAUAAAUGCACCAUCUGUGACAAAGCUUUCAAACAGCGCAGUUAUCUUCGCAAGCACCAAAAAUUCCAUGCAAGAGCAAGACCAUACAAAUGUGACAUUUGUGGCCAGAGUUUUGCACGGACAAGGCACCUGUCGAGACACCAGCAGGUUGUUCAUUUGGAGGAGAAGCCUUAUAAAUGCCCCAACUGUGACAAAACUUUCAAACAGCAGGGUUAUCUUCACAAGCACCAAAAGGUCCAUUCAACAGCAAGACCAAACCACCAUCUCUCCACUCGAGGAACAGAAAAAAGUCACUAGACAGAAGUUUGUCUGCCAGUGCCCCAAUAUCGACAAGAACGGCGCAGUGUGUUGUGUUUCAUAUGCUAAGUUCAACAUUGAUGAACAUACAAAGUGGGGUCCCGGGUGUACAAACCGAAAUCGUCUCCACGUGUUAAUGCCAUACUAAACAUGUUACGUAGGGAUGGUAUGUGGUAUCUGUCCGUAUCGCGGCAUGGUUCACGGGGUCAAACAAAACCCGGCCAAUUACUGACUAGAUUUCAAGUCUACAUGAAAAUGUGCACUUUCAUUCCAUCAAAUAUUAAUGUAGCAAACACUUUUGAGUAAUUUGCUCUUUUCACGCUCCGCCAUUGAGCAUGCACAGCCUCGAUGUGGCAACUUUACACAAUAAAAAUAGCCGGUUCAGUGAUCUGAACCCCGACACGGGAAUCACUGAACCGGCUAUAUUUAUUGUGUAAAGUUGCCAGAUCGAGGCUGUGCAUGCCCAUGGCAGAAGUGUGAAAUGAGCGAAUGGUUGUGAAGGAAUCCUUUGCCCGCAAUAUCGUUUGCAAUAAAAGAAUGAAUAAACAAAUAAAUUUAAAAACA